AUGGCUUCCAAGGUGGCCACUGCAGCAGCGAGUGCAGCAGCGGCGCAACAACGCCUGGCAGGGUUCACAGUGAUGGUCAAAGACAACAUUGCAGUGGCCAAUGAGCGCAUGACGUGCGGAUCAUCCAUGCUGCGCUCGUUCGUUCCAACCAGCGAUGCCACUGUCGUCAGCAAAUGCCGCAGCGAAGGAGCAGAGAUCACGGGCAAGACAUCCUUGGAUGAGUUUGGCAUGGGAUCAUAUGGUGCUUUCAGCCCCAUUCACGGCCUUACCAUCAACCCAUGGAGGGCAACAGAUGGGUUGUGUGUGCCCGGGGGCAGUUCUGGUGGAAGUGCAGUCGCAGUGGCACUGGGACAGGCACGCGCUGCCCUGGGCACAGACACAGGCGGGAGCGUGCGGCUGCCAGCGUCGUUUUGUGGAGUAGUUGGCUUCAAGCCAAGCUAUGGUUUGCUAUCUCGCAUGGGCAUGACAGCAUACGCCAGUUCGCUGGAUACGGUUGGUGUUCUGGCGAGCACGGUUGACGAUGCCGCAACAAUGGUGGACGCCAUGGCGGGCCACGAUCCGCGUGACGCUGCAUCAGUCCAGGCGCCUGGCAGCCGGCUACCGCUGGGGAGCGAGUAUGGGGACGUGGAAGGGAUGGUGGUCGGUCUGCCAAGGGAGUGCUUCAUCGAGGAACUGAGCGACGACGUGGCUGCCGCGUGGACCGAGGCUGCUGACGCGCUGCAGGCAAGCGGCGCCACUGUCCGCUACAUCUCCCUUCCAAACCUCAAAAACGCGCUGCCGUGCUAUUGCGUGUUGGCGCCGGCAGAGGCGAGCUCCAACCUUGCCCGAUACACCGGCAUGUUCUACGGGGAGCGUGCUGGGAGCGCAGCGUCCCACGCGUCGUACCGCCGGCUGUUUGAAUCUUCGCGGCAGUCCGGUCUUGGGCCCGAGGUCACCCGCCGCAUCCUCACAGGCACUUUCACACUCACACGCGCGUCAUAUGAGAGCUUUUAUGUCCAAGCACAGCGUGUGCGUCGCCUGAUUCAAGCAGACUUUGCUUCCGCACUGCAAAAUGGCGUGGAUGUUGUGCUGAUGCCAGUCACGUCUUCCGACGCCCCGCUCAUCACCGAUGCACUCAGCCCAAAUGCAGACGUGCUGCAGCAGUUUGCGACGGACGUGUUUACGGUUGGCCCGAGCCUGGCCGGCCUCCCCGCUAUGGCGGUGCCCUGCCGUGUCUCCUCACGCAACAUGCCCAUCGGCCUGCAACUCGUCGCAAACGUAUGCAAGGCGGGGGCAGGAGGGGGGUAUCAAGGGGCGAACGCAAGCGUGUAUGAAUACACCUACGCAUGUGCCAUCUGCAGGACGGUGUUCUCUGCGCUGCCGGAACUGGAGUACGUGGCGCUGCCGGCCCUGCGCGGGACAGCAGCCAGCGCUGUGCGUGCAAACCAUCUCGACGAGCUCUUCCACCCGGCAACAGAGAUUGCCGACGCCAGCCGGCCCAGUGGUACUGGCGCCGACGACGUGGUGCUCUGGCUGGCAAGCGCGGAUGCGCUGCUGGACCAACUGAGCGUGCGCAAGGCCGUGGCCGAGGACUACGAUGACCUCAUGCCCAUCUUCGACCAGCAGACCGAGCAGCUUGAACAGCGCUUUGGCAAGUUCUAUCUGUUCCAGCUGAUUGAAUCUGAGGACGAAAACAGCAAGUCUGCUGUCAUCGAGGCUGGCGGAAAGGCGUGUGGCUUCAUCAACGUCACAAAAACAGUCGACAUCCAAGCCCUCAACCAGCUAUUUGAUCUGUCUGCGUACAACGGCCUGCGGGACGAGGAGAACCGGCCGGCCGCCGUCGCCAUCAACCUCUUCGCCAUCGACGCGGAGAACGACACCCAAGCCAUCCACAUGCUGCCGUAUGUGUUUGAGGCGUUUCCCGAUAUGCAGUAUUGCACCAUCUCUCUUCCCGCGGAAGUGCCCGAAUUUCCUCUCCUCCAGCACUUCAACCGCGUGAUUCCGCAUCCGCGCGCGGAUCCACAGCAGGAGCUGUAUGUGCUGCACAAGUUUGCACUCUCUCUCGACGUCGUCGUCAGACCAAUUCAGGAGGGCGACAUUGGGGACGUGGAGGCGCUGGUCCGGCCGCUGCCGUCCGGCGAAGCGGUCGUCGCCGAUGUCAGCCGCGUCCUCUCCACUGGUGUCGACCCAGACGGGCGGCGGGUGCACGGCCACGUUGUGGAGUGCAUGGGCGGUGUUGCCGGCGUGGUGGUGUCGCGCGACGCCAAGGCCGAUGCCAUGCCCAUCCGCGCGCACUUCAGCAUCGAGGAGUACAUUCUCUAUUCGCAAUACCAGACGGCAGAGUACAUUAACCUCCACCACUUUGUGCUGAAUCAGCUGUUUCAGCGCCACACCCGCUUCGUCUUGCGGGAGGUUCUGAGAAAGUUGCGGAAGUCUUGCCUGUUUUAUCGCAUUUACGACACAGACCCAACUAACGAUGCGUCGAAAUCAGCUGAUCUCGUCGCUGUUCCCCGCCCGUCCAUGUCAACCGUCCUCGAACAGCUCCUCCCCGUCAAGCCGCGACCACAGCCCGUGUACGAUGCCGCAUAUCUCCACAGCAACGUCCCAUCCGAACGCGUGCGGGACCUGGGGACGCCGUUUGCGCUUGCAUUCACCGCACGCAAGCUGCUGCUUGAGCCAAAGGUGUCAGUCAACGCCAAGAUUGUCGUUGUUGGCCCGUCACCAGCUGCCGUCGCGUGCCUCGAGGACCUCUGCUACAGGGCGCACCUGCGCUUCAACAACCUCACGUAUGUGUGCGAGGAUGGCGACUUUGUUGGGUGGGACGCGCGCGGGCAAGCCUCGUCGCACAUGCUCGCUGCCGAUCACACGUACACGAGCAGCCAGCUUGUCAAGCUUGGCCUCAACGCGUCUGUAACUGUUCUCCGCGGCCGCGUCGCCGAGAUCAACAGAGACGAGAAGUUUGUUGUUCUGGAUGACAGUGAUCGCGUCGACUACAACGUCCUCAUGUACACCCCAGACAUCCAGUACAUUUCCACGCUUGAUCCCGAGCAAGAGCACAUGGCCCCGCACGGCGUUCACAGCCCGAGCUCUCACGCUGCUGUCGAGGAGCUGUGCGAGGAAAUCAAGGGCGUCCACAUCCCAGAGCACAACACGAUUCUUGUGUACGGUGCGAGUGCGGAUGCGUACAGCGCGGCGGCGGCGGUGCUGGAGCUCGGUGCUGCACCCCAGAACAUCGUCUUCGUCAAAUCGCCGCCCGCACAGGCAGAUCAGGACGACAUUCGGGGGCGAAUUGGGCACGCUGACGUGGAGCACUAUCUUGACCAGUCCCUGGCGCGUCUUGGCGUGCGUGUGCAUCAGCCAUGCACCCUCGAACGCUUCGUCGCAAACUCUGUGAGCGAAUUGACUGGCGCUGUGUUCCGGAGUGACAGCGGGUCGACAUACGAGGUGCAGUGCCAACUCUGCCUCAAUCUCCCGCAGCGACGCAUUGCACGACGCGACUUCCUGCCGCUGUGCGAGGCAAGCAUUGUCUUCAACCAGCGUGUUGUCAUCGACAACAACUUCCGGACCAACGACCCAGCGAUUCUCUCGGCGGGCCCCUUUGCGCGAUACUCGAACAAAUACUUUGCUGGCGGGUGCGGGCAGUGCAUUUUCCGCCCAGAGGAAGUUGGUCGUGCCGCUGCCGCUGUGAUCUGCAGAGACUUUGACCCGCUCGAACCGUCACAGGAUUUGACGGGCUUGGAGCUGCCGACAUUCACGGAGCCGCGCGUGUGCUUUGCCGUCUGCCCAAACAACCUGCAGUACCUCCACGCACAGGUGCCGCAGUCGGCGCAGCACAACCUUCAGCUGUUGAAGGGCCACACCGCCACCAGCAGACAGGUUGACGUGACCGAGCUCGUGACGGGCGGUCUCAUUGAUCGCACCAGCGACAACAACAACAACGACGACGACGACGACGAUGGUGAUGACAAUGAUGAGGAGGGCGAUGAUAGCGGUGGCGCUGGUGAUGGUGAUGAUGAGGAUGGUGAUGAUGAGGAUGAUGAUGGUCAUGGUCGUGGCGGAGGCGACAAGGGCCCAGACGGCCCCAUUCGCUUCUUUGCGCUGCGAUUGGACGAAUUUAACACCAUCUGCGGCGUUACAUGCCUGUGCGAGGCUGGGGUGGACUUGGCUCCGUUUGUGCGCCUGAUUGGGCUGCACCAGCACCACCUCAACUCCGUCGUCAACCGAUACAAUCAGGGACUCAUCCCGGACUUUUACAAGUUCUUCAAGCAGCCGUGGGCUGUUGCUCUCUUUCACGACCGCUUCCACCCGUUUCUUCGCGAGCUCUCCGCCCUCGUCAAGGACAAUCCAGAAAUCGAGAACUCGGAGCUUGAGGAUCUUGUGGCGAAACUGGCCAAGCUCAACGUCAAGCGCAUGCAAGCGGAGGACGAGACGGAAGUGGAGGAUGUGAAGGCGGAGGAAGAGAAUGUCCUGCACAAUCUCAAAUCGGCCAUCAGCACAACGGGGAUACAGAAGAUGAUCAAGGACCGCCUGAUGGAUUACCUCACCUUCAACGCCUACCACCUUCCCAUGUACGCUCGCCCAGGCGCAUGGUAGCCGCCAAGCCGCGCAAGCUUGUGUGUGUGUGUGUGUGUGUGUGUGUGUGUGUGUGUGUGUG